AAAACAAAAUGCAAGAAGUGGAAAAAGAGGGUAAAUGACCAACUAAAACCAGGGGGAAAAGCCAGACGGGGAGAGAGAAACAUUUGUGGAUUUUAAUAUGUCACUGUGUCAAAGCGAAGAGGGCUCAUUUGGGAGUCAUUGAGUUAAAAAUAACUUUAUUGUGGUGGAUCAUGUUUUGGUAGGAGGGUUCAUUUUGCCCCACUGGGCCAAACUCAUGGGCAGCAGAUGAGCCUUGCGGAGAAGCUUGUGUCUGCUGUGUGCUGUGAUCAGACAGAGGAGCCCAGCCAGCUCUCGCUCCCGCUCUCACUUUGCUCUGCUCUGCUACUGCCCUGCACACUCUACACGCCAAUCCAACAGCUCGUCUCUUUUCUCUGCUCCAGAUGAUGCCUUGGAAAUAGCCGGCCCCCAUGAGUGAUAUGAAUAACACACUGGAAGACAUACACACCUCUGGCUGCCUCGGAGAGAAAGCAGAGAUUUUUGGGAGUGGGAAGGGUAAUGUGAGUGGCUCUUCCAGCCCGUGCCUCAUCCCUUUGCAUGGUCCUUUACAACCACCAAAUGCCCAGCCCUCCAAGACUGCUGUCUGCAAAGGAAAUAGGAAGAGUGAAGAGGGAGAGGAGACUCUGCUGACUGACCCAUUUCCAAACCCUUUCCCAGAACUUAUUCCCUCAACCGUCUCAUCCCUCGUCUCUGAUUGUUUAUUACCCUGGACCAAAAGCGGCGCAACUCAAGUAAUCAAAGUGUAUAAUGAGGACAAUACCAGUCGAGCAGUAGAGGUUCCCACUGACAUCACAGCCCGGGACAUCUGCCAGUUGUUUGUCAUGAAGAAUCAUUGCAUUGACGACCACAGCUGGACUCUGUUUGAGCAGCUCUCUCAUCCAGGCAUAGAAAGAACCAUAGAAGACCAUGAAUCUGUGAUGGAGGUGCUGUCCGGCUGGGGCAUGGACACAGAGAGUCGCCUAUAUUUUCGGAAGAACUAUGCCAAAUAUGAAUUCUUCAAUAAACCGCUGGAUUUUUUCCCAGAUCACAUGGUGUCCUUAUCAAGUGAAACCAAUGGGAUUAUGAACCAUUCUCAACUAAUACAGACAUUUCUCAACUCAAGCACUUGUCCAGAGAUCCAUGGGCACCUCCAUGCCAAAGAACAAGGCAGGAAGUCUUGGAAAAAGUUCUACUUUGUCUUGAGACGGUCAGGUCUCUACUUCUCCAACAAGGGGACAUCAAAGGAACCGAGGCAUCUUCAGUUUAUUGCCGAGUUCAGUGACGGCGACGUCUACACGUUACUAUCGGCGAAAAAGAUACACGGAGCGCCGACGGACUAUGGCUUCUGUGUUAAGUCUGCUAAGCAUGGCUCUCCCCGAGACCUCAAGCUGUUGUGUGCAGACGAUGAGCAGACCAGAACCUGCUGGGUCACUGCCAUGCGCCUCUUUAAGUAUGGGUUGCAGCUGUACCAAAACUUCAUUCAACCACACCAGAAACAGAAAGCUUCACCUAUGAGAAGUAUCUCCGAGAACUCCUUGGUGGCCAUGGACUUCUCGGGACACAAGAGCCGGGUGAUCGAGAACCCAUCGGAGGCGCUGUCCGUAGCGGUGGAGGAGGGGCUCUCAUGGAGGAGGAAAAGCUGCCACCGUCUGAGCUCCCAUGGAAGCCCAUCCACCUCUCAGAGUCUCAUGUCAAAUAUAGCCCUCCAUAUGGCCCAGCCCUGGUUCCACAGCAAACUGUCCAGAGAUGAGGCACACCGCUUAAUCACUCAACAAGGUCUGAUUGAUGGAGUAUUUCUUCUAAGGGACAGCCAAAGCAACCCCAAGACAUUUGUACUGUCACUGUGCCACACACAGAGAAUCAAACACUUUCAGAUCUUACCGGUGGAUGACGAGGGUGAUCUGUUCUACAGUCUGGACGACGGUCACACCCGCUUCACUGAUCUGAUCCAGCUAGUGGAGUUCUACCAGCUCAACCGGGGGGUGCUGCCCUACAAACUCAAACACCACUGUGCCAGGAUCACCCUUUGAGGGGCCAGGGGUCUCCCAGGGCCCAAUACAUACAGAGGCACCUUAAUCACAGCCAGGGCCUCUCCAGAGAACCAACCACCCAUGCAUCCCUCCCUCCCUAUCGUGCCUUGGACAGGAGACACAGAGAACACGGCCAGACAUAAGCCAGCUGAAACCACUGUUAUAAUCACCCACUAGAACCCAUCCUCUUGGAGACAAACAUGGUAAUUGGUCUUUGUAAUGACUUUGUUUUGCAAUAAAAAUAUGAGUUAGAGGUGUUAGGAUGUGAAAUAGAUGAAGAUUCUGUGUCACAACCCACUGGGCAAAACUAGUUUGAAUCAACAUUGUUUCCAUGUCAUUUCAACAACAACAACAAAAAAUCUGUGUGAUGACGUUGAAUCAUUGUGGAAUACUGAUUGGAUUUGCAAAAAGUCAUCAACGUUAAGGAAUUUCCGUUUUUUUUCACCCAACUUUAUACCUAAAUCCAUUGUGAGUUUUUUUUUGUUGAAUUCACAUUAGUUGACAAUUCAACCAAAUGUAAAUCAAGAUGGUAAAAUGACUUCAGUGGGAAGUGACCACAGGUGUUGAGAAAUCUGGUGUUGGAUAAAGUGCAUCUACUGUAGACUUGAUGUCACCGAGAGGGCUCUACUGCGAGCCCAUUGGUUGAUCCUGUAUGUUAGCCCGGGUGUGGAGACAAAUCACAAACACCGCAAUGACUCAUGUGGAGUCCAAACUUCAGUUAAUGUACUGUAUAUAAUGUGGAGCUGAUCAUGUUUGCAUUGUGUAUCGGCUUACUUGCUCGUUACAACUUUCUAUGGGAAUGAACAUCUUCUACCGUAGCCAACUGUUGGAUCCGUAGAGCAAAAGUGGAUAUUUGACUCAGUUCACACCAUGUGAAUAGAAUGACCAGUGUGGUAUAGCCAUAAUAUUUGUGCAUUAUUGGCACAGUUAAGCUGAACCUGGUCAUUUGUCAGUAGGAGGGGAUCACUACUAUCAGGUUGUAUGCAAGGCAUGAUGGGAAAUGUAGUAUGUAGGCUACAGUGGUCCUCUGGCCUUGGUCAUCUCCUGGGUAAACUAAGCUGUUGCUCGUUGUUUUUUUUCACAUCUCAAGGAAUUCAGGUAUUUUUCUAAAACAAAUUAUGAUUAAAAAAUAUAUAUUUUAGAGGUAUGAGUAGCAGAGAAUGCAAAGUGGUUGCAUGUUGUUUAAGCUGGACUGUGACCGCUGUAAGGAGAGAGCAUGCACAACAAUGUGCUUCACUAGCCUGCACUGUACAUUACUUUGACUUGUAUUGAUUGCAUUUGAGUCAAUACAUGUAAAAAUGCUCUCUGUUGUUAUAGCAAGAGCCACAGAAGAUACAUUUGACUAAGGGCCGGAUUCAAUGCUUAUUGCCGAAGUUCCACUUUGUUGCCCGAUUGACAUUUAAAGGGAAUGUUCCCGUUUUAGUGGAGACUUCAUUCACGGCAAACGCUGCAUAUGCUGGCUCAAUCGGAAAUUACCUUUACAUUUCAAGCACACUGCAGAGCUGAACUUUGGCGCUACAGAUUGAAUCAGACCUAUUUUUAGAUUUAAACCACAAAGUGUAAGAUAGAAAUACAGUAUAAUAUUGUGAUUUUAUUGAUCAAAAUCUGAAUUGUUGUACAUUGACAUUUAAUGUUUUAUAGUCUUUUUUUAAGAUUCAGGUAAACCAUGUGCAGCACCGGGAAUGGUUGAAUAUUGAUGUAAACAACAAAAUGAUGACAUACAUCAUGUAUUGUUUUGUUGCUUCGUUUUGGAAAUGGUACUGUAAUCAUGCAGCAAUUUGUACAGACAUGUUUCACCAGUACGAUAUAAUGAAACAAGAUGUACUGUGCUUUGAAACAAGUUAAAUAACCAAGACAUGUUAACAAUGCGUUUCAUACAACGUUUCUUUUAACAUAGAGGGAGGACAGUGCAUUUAAAUAGUAAUGCAUGUCAUGAACUGUCAUGUUUUAUAAAGGAAGCUAAAUAAAGGAAGCAAACAAA